AUGUCGCCCAUAAUUAAAAAACAAAAGGUGGAAAGCUUACCCAAAUUCAGCAGCCCAUAUUAUCAGCAGCCCUCAAAUCGUCAACUGGUAUUGAAAUAUUUAGAAAAUAAGAAUAAACCUUUUUAUAUUUUGGAAAAUUCUUUGGAAGAAACGAAAGAGAAAAGGUCUAAUAUUGUACCAAACAGAGCUAUUGUACACCUAUUUACUAGGGAUUUCAGACUUGACGACAAUAUCAGUCUUCACAAGGCAAGUGAAUUUUCAAAAUCUAAUCAUGUACCAUUAAUAACGUGCUUUGUAUACUGUAAGGAUGACUUCAAAAGUCAUUCAGUUAGUGCUAUACAGAUGAAUUAUAGAAUCAAAUCAAUUGAAGAAAUUCAAGGAAGAUUGAAUGAAAAAAAUAUUCCCCUUGUUGUGUUGAAAGUUGACAACAGAAGAGAUAUUUGCAGCGAGAUAGAGAAAUUUUUGUUAGCCAAAGAGGUGUCGCAUUUAUUUUCAAAUAUUGAGUAUGAAGUUGAUGAACUCAGAACAACUAAAACAUUAGUGCAUAAUCUAUUGAAAAAGGGUAUAUGCUACUUGCCGUUCCACAAUUCUUGCGUUGUCAAGCCAGGUGAACUAAAAACAAAAAGUAAAGGCACCCCAUACUCUGUUUUUACUCCGUUUUACAAAUCUUGGUGUCAUUAUUUAAAUGCAAAAAAAGAACCCUUCGCAAAAUUAAAUGAACCUUUCCCCAACUCGGAUGCUUUCAAACAGAAUAACAAAGAUUUAUUUAAUUCCCUCAUGCCUGAACUUGAAGAAAUGUCGGAUCUUCAAAGUAGGAACUUUGAGUCUUGGCCGAUUGGUGAAGAAAAAGCUUUGGAAACAUUAACUGCCUAUUUAGAUUCUCAUAAGGUAGAGAAAUAUUCUGACUCAAGAAAUGAUCUCGAAGAGGAUACCGUAUCUUACCUCAGUCCUCACUUAUCUAGUGGAACUAUUUCACCAAGAACAGUUUUGAAGUUGAUGGUUGAUAAAAAAUACCUUAGAAAAGUGGAUCUGGGAGAGCCUGGAGCAGUGGCAUUUGCUCGUCAGAUCGCUUGGAGAGAUUUCUAUCGACAUAUUCUCUGUAACUGGCCUCAUAUCUGCAUGUUCAGACCCUUUCAACUUGACUAUGAGGACAUCAACUGGGAAUAUAAUCAAGUUCACUUUGAAAAAUGGUGUAAGGGCCAAACGGGCUUUCCGAUAGUUGAUGCUGCAAUGAGACAAUUAAUAAAUACAGGAUAUAUGCACAACAGAUGUAGGAUGAUUGUUUCAAGUUUUUUGUCCAAGAACUUACUAAUUGAUUGGAGAUAUGGGGAAAGGUAUUUUCUCGAAAAUCUAAUAGAUGGUGAUUUUGCCUCAAAUAAUGGAGGGUGGGGGUUCAGUUCCAGUGUUGGUGUAGACCCUCAGCCAUAUUUUAGAAUUUUUAAUGCUUGGACUCAGUCCGAGAAGUUUGACAAAAAAGGCACAUACAUCAGAAAGUGGAUACCGGAAUUGAGAGAGAUUUCAAAUGAAAAGGCAAUCCAUAAUCCAUACGGAGCUGGAUAUGGAAAUUUUGCUAAGAAAAAAGGUUAUCCAAUGCCCAUCGUAGAUCACAAAGAAACACGCGAAAGAGCGCUCGAAAGAUAUAGAGAAUCGAGGUAA